CCUCCACAAAGCACAAAGUCGUAAAGUGGGCGCCAUUUGCACAAAUAAUAAGUUGGCCGCAGCGCUCCUGUCCCUUGACAAAAACUUCCUGUCUUUCGGCAUUCCUCUCUCCCACCUCUCACAUCCCCCAAACUCCACGCAAAGAUGGCCGAAGAAGUCUACGACGGUGCCGUUGGCAUCGAUUUGGGUACCACCUACUCUUGCGUUGCCAUCUACGAGGGAAACAAUGUCGAGAUCAUUGCCAACGAGCAGGGUAGCUUCACCACCCCUUCGUUCGUCUCCUUCAACGAGAAGGAGCGUCUGAUUGGUGAGGCCGCCAAGAACCAGGCUGCCAUGAACCCCCGCAACACCGUCUUCGAUGUCAAGCGUUUGAUUGGCCGACCUUUCAGCGACCCCGUUGUCAAGAAGGAUAUUGAGUCGUGGCCCUUCAAGGUCGUCGAGCAGGGCAGCUCCGGCAACCCUGUCGUCGAGGUCGAGUACCUCGGCGAGACCAAGACCUUCUCCCCUCAGGAGAUCUCCGCCAUGGUUCUCACCAAGAUGAAGGAGAUUGCCGAGACCAAGCUCGGAAAGAAGGUGGAGAAGGCCGUCAUCACCGUCCCCGCCUACUUCAACGACAACCAGCGUCAAGCCACCAAGGAUGCCGGUGCCAUCUCUGGUCUUAAUGUUCUACGUAUCAUCAACGAGCCUACCGCUGCCGCUAUUGCUUACGGUCUCGGCUCAAACAAGUCGAACAAGGAGCGCAAUGUCCUGAUCUACGAUCUUGGCGGUGGUACUUUCGAUGUGUCCCUCCUUAACAUCCAAGGUGGUGUCUUCACCGUCAAGGCUACUGCUGGUGACACCCACCUUGGUGGUCAGGAUUUCGAUACCAACCUCCUCGAUCACUGCAAGAAGGAGUUCCAGAGGAAGACGAAGAAAGACAUCUCUUCCGACCCUCGUGCUCUUCGUAGACUCCGAACCGCCUGCGAACGUGCCAAGAGAACCCUCUCCAACGGUGCCCAGACCACCAUUGAGAUUGACUCGCUCUUCGAUGGUGACGACUUCUUCCUCCAGAUCACCCGUGCCCGUUUCGAGGACCUCAACGCCAAGGCCUUCGCCGGUACCUUGGAGCCUGUUGCCCAGGUCCUCAAGGACUCUGGUGUUGAGAAGAGCGCCGUCGACGAGAUCGUCCUUGUUGGUGGCUCAACCCGUAUUCCCAAGAUCCAGAAGCUGCUGAGCGACUACUUCGACGGAAAGAAGCUGGAGAAGAGCAUCAACCCCGACGAGGCCGUUGCCUACGGUGCUGCCGUCCAGGCUGGUAUCCUCUCCGGAAAGGCCACUUCCGCUGAUACCUCCGACCUCCUUCUGCUGGACGUCGUUCCCCUAUCUCUUGGUGUUGCCAUGGAGGGUAACAUCUUCGCUCCUGUCGUCACCCGUGGUCAGACCGUCCCUACCAUCAAGAAGCGAACAUUCACCACUGUUGCCGACAACCAACAGACCGUCCAGUUCCCCGUCUACCAGGGUGAGCGUGUCAACUGCGAGGACAACACCUCUCUGGGUGAAUUCACCCUUGCUCCUAUUCCUCCCAUGCGGGCCGGUGAGGCUGUUCUCGAGGUCGUCUUCGAAGUCGAUGUCAACGGUAUCCUCAAGGUCACUGCUACCGAGAAGACCUCCGGCCGCAGUGCCAACAUCACCAUCGCCAACUCGGUCGGCAAGCUCUCAUCUUCUGAGAUUGAGAACAUGAUCAGUGACGCCGAGAAGUUCAAGAGCAACGAUGAAGCUUUCAGCAAGCGGUUCGAGGCCAAGCAGCAAUUAGAAUCCUACAUCAGCCGUGUCGAGGAGAUUAUCUCCGACCCGACUCUCUCCCUCAAGCUCAAGCGUGGCCAGAAGGAGAAGAUCGAGGAGACUCUCAGCGAUGCUAUGGGUCAACUUGAGAUUGAGGAGUCAAGCGCUGAUGACCUCAAGAAGAAGGAGUUGGCUCUUAAGAGACUUGUGACCAAGGCCAUGUCGUCACGAUAAGCACGUUAAUGAUUUUUCCGGUUUUCAUCAUUGGGACAUAAACGGGCGCUGAUUAAAUUGCGCAAGGGCGGGCGUCACACAUACGAAGCGUAUAUAAACGCGAACGAGGGACGCGUCGACGGCAUGAGGUUUGAAUUCGGUAUGCCUUGAUAUGUUUAGGGGUAAAGAUAAAAGUCUUCUGGGAUGAUUCACGCCUUUCUUCUACGCACUUAUAACGCCCUCUACCAUCUCUCUUUACCUCUCACGCGACCAAUCUUUUGAUUCUCAGCGUACCUUGCAUGUAGACUAGGAAGACUGGGAAUGAGGAGGGGAAGCACAUUCAGCGAUAUAUGAAAUAUGUUCUUAAAAUAUCUGAU